GCGAAACAAUUGCUCUACCGAGAGCUUCUUUGUGAUGACCGAGCCCUAAAAGCCAGCCCUCUCUCUACGCAUGAUACAUACAUACAUACGUCCUCAGAUCAGACCCAAUUAGACGAACUCCGAUUACGACUGCCCCGAUCCCAAUGUGUCGGGUCACACGCGUUAUCCACAAGGAGUGCGGACAUGUCAACGACCAUGUCGAUAUGGAUUGUAACAGACCGAAGCUCAAGCUCAAGGAUGCUCGAUGCGAUGCUUGGGAUCAGCCGCACUGCGCCAUAACCUAUGUCCGUCUUUUGAAGUCCGCGGAGGGGUACGAGUGCAUGAAAUGCAACAAUGAGUUGUCUGACGAUGAGAAAUCGAAUGGUUCUUGACCGUGGCUCGAGAUAUGCGGGCUUGAGGUCCUCUCCAUGACGUUAAU